UCGACGGCAGACGCGUGAUGCUCACUAAAGAUGCUCGUUUUCAAACGCUCAUGGGAGAGGGCACUAAAAUUACGCACUGGAACGCCAAGCUCAUGAACACCAUGUACGGCUGCAUAGACGACUGGUUGAAGGCCUGCAAGCAAGUGUCGGAACCCUGCAAGAACGGCGGCUACACGCAGAAGGACUGCAGCUGUGCGUGUCCUCUUGGCACGUCUGGUGACAAGUGUGAGAAUCUCGUGAUGAGCUAUAGAGAUGCUCUGAUAAAGCAGCUCGCUCCGUACACUUCCGUCAUCUCAACCUCUGGUUCAGUGGUCGUCUCUCCUGGCUACCCCGACAACGCGCCAUCGACCGAAACGCAGUACACGCAGGUUUUCCGUGCCAAGAAGUGCCAGCGAGCGGUCGUGAAGUUCGACGACUUCCAACUUGAGCCACGAGACGCCAGACGAAAAAGCUGCGACGUCAGCGUCCUGGAGAUCCGCUCCGACGUCUCCGUGCCGGAGGGGAAAAUAUUUUGUGGUGAAGAAAUUGAGAAAGGAACAGCUUUCAAAAGUGACAAGUCUGAGCUCAUCUUUCAUUACGUGAACAUUGACUACACUAAAUAUGGCAUGAAAAACACACGCCGAGGCUACAAGGCUACUUUCACAACCGAAGCCAUACCCGACUGCCGGUAGUUGAGAACAACGGCUGAUGGGGUUUCAUCUAUCUGGCUGGAAUGUCAUGGGAACUGGAGACCACAAGGAACAGGAAAUUAAUAGUGUUAUGUUUUUGAAGCGUGUGAAAAAUG